CCAAAAUGGCGACCAUCAUGAGGUAUGGAAUCUAUGGACGUAGCUUGCCCUCCUUCAAGAAAAUAUCUUUACCUCUCUAUUCCACUUCUCAUUUGAGCUCAUAUUGGCCUCGAAAAGGAUAUAAAGAUCGUUUCUUAAUGAAUAUAUCCAGCUUUAAGAAAUCACAAUUAAUAUCUUCCCAGCAAAGGGCAACCUAUAUUYCUGUCUUAUCAAGAAGUUAUUGUAGUGAAAAUUCUAAAGAUUCGAUGUUUGAAGACCUAAAAUCCAGUCCUACCUCAGCAAUAUGGCUUGGUUUYUCUGGCGCCAUUCCAUUCUGUAGUCUUGCUGGUCUGUCGUUCAUAACACCAGAAUACUUAGACACUAUAAUGCAUGCACAGUGUGCAUAUGGUGCAUGUAUAUUAACAUUCCUUGGAGCWGUACAUUGGGGAUAUGCAAUGACCAAGGACAGUCCACUGAAACCUAACUGGGGUACUCUAGGGUACAGUGUGACACCAUCACUUGUAGCCUGGUCUGCCCUGCUUAUAAAGCCCCAAUAUGGACUGGUUACCAUAGCAAUAGGGCUAUUAUAUGCAUUGUCAAAGGAUUUGGGAACUCCAUUUUUUCCUAGAUGGUACCAUGCAUUAAGGAAGGUCCUGACAACAUUAGCUGCAUCGUCUAUGCUUCUGACCGCUACAGCAUUCUAUCUAUAGAUAUUGAAAUAUAUGAUCAUUUUAUCAUGCUCGAGCAUACAGUUUCUGCAGAAGGUGGGGAUCCAAGGAAUAUCUAUGGGUUA